AUGGCUUCUAACCAGAACUGUUCAAUAUGUUUUGAUAUGUUUAAUCAACCUAAAAUACUCCCCUGUUUCCACACGUUUUGUCAGGAGUGUUUGGACUCAUAUAUACGUCGUGAUUGUUCGGUUGCUGUUUGUGGUAGCUGUGUUAUAUUGGAUCACAGAAAUCAUACCGUCUAA